CAAAUAAAGGCUCUACAACCGAGGUUAGCAUUACUACAUGUUGGGGGGACCGUGGAACCUCAAAGACUACUGGGGAAGACUUAUGCUAACCUUUUUUCUUUUGUUAAAAGAAAAGACAGAGCAUAUGGAGCAUACAAACGCCAUUCGCAGGAAGCUUGUUAUCAUUGGAGACAGUGCUUGCGGCAAGACAAGUUUGCUAAGCAUGUUCACUCUUGGCAAUUUUCCAGCACAUUAUGUGAGGACUAUCACCGAAUGAUAACGACUGAGGUGUUAAAAACGAGCCAGGUUCCAACAGUUUUCGAGAAUUAUAUAACUAAUUGUAUAGUGGAUGGACGAGCUGUGGAGUUUGCCUUGUGGGACACAGCUGGGCUGGAAGGCUAUGAACGAUUAAGGCCACUUGCAUACUCACACGCAAAUAUCAUUCUAAUCGGUUUCUCUGUCGAUGACCUCUGCUCGUUAGAUAAUGUCAAGUGCAAGUGGAGUAAGGAGGCUACUCGCCUAUGUCCUGGCGGUCCAGUUGUUCUUGUUGGCUUGAAGAAGGACGUUCGGGAAGACAGGG